UGCUCAUCUCUCAUCACACACACACACACACACACUCACACACAGAGGUGUAGAGAGAGAGGCAAAGAAUAAAGUGAAAAGAACCAAAUUAAGAAGCUUGAGACAAUGCCAGCCUUUCUUGAUCUUCACCUCUUGCUCUCUGAUCCUUCCUUCUCUUGAUACAAAACACUAAUCCCAUCAAAUUCUGAGGAUUUGGGAUCAAUAAAAAUUUCAUCUUUUUUCAUGGGCUUUUCUUGAAAAAGAUUGGAAGGAAAAAAAAAAACAAUGAAGAACAAAGGAGGAGGAGAGCAGUUUUCAAGAAGUGUUGUAUCUCAAAAAUGGACUCUUUUUCUCUGCCUUGGUAGCUUCUGUUCAGGGCUGCUCUUCACCAACAGAACAUGGAUUUUGCCAGAAGCGAAAGGCGUGGCAAGAACGACAGCAUUUGAAGCCGAGAGGCUAAAGCUCGUUGCAGAAGGCUGUGAUCCAACAUUUAACAGUGUGAAAAGGGUGCCAAAGGAGAUCUUCAAGGAAGUUUCCAACACUCAACAUGCUAUAAAGACGCUUGACAAGACCAUUUCCUCGUUGGAGAUGGAGCUAGCUGCAGCCAAAGCAGCGCAGGAAUCCGUCCUCAGUGGCGCCCCCUCGUCCGAAAAUGAAAAGGGUUCGACUAAAAGAAGGAAGUACUUCAUGGUUGUUGGAGUUAACACUGCUUUCAGCAGCAGGAAAAGGAGAGAUUCAGUUCGUGCAACGUGGAUGCCACAAGGAGAGAAACGACGAGCUUUGGAGGCAGAGAAAGGGAUAGUAGUCCGGUUUGUCAUCGGUCACAGUGCUACUUUAGGAGGAAUACUAGAUAGGGCCGUCGAGGCCGAAGACCAGAAGCACGGGGACAUCAUGAGACUGAACCACGUUGAAGGGUAUCUCGAGCUGUCAGCGAAGACCAAGGCCUACUUUGCCUCUGCUGUCGCGUUGUGGGACGCAGAGUACUACGUGAAAGUCGACGAUGAUGUCCAUGUCAACAUAGCAACGCUCGCUGAAACGCUAGCUAGGCAUCGGAGGAAGCCUAGAGUUUACAUCGGAUGCAUGAAAUCCGGCCCCGUCCUCUCUCAGAGGGGAGUGAGGUACCACGAGCCCGAGUUUUGGAAGUUUGGAGACAACGGGAACAAGUACUUCCGCCACGCGACAGGGCAGUUAUACGCCAUAUCGAAAGAUCUAGCCACUUACAUCUCAGUAAACAAGAAUGUUCUGCACAAGUUUGCUAACGAGGACGUCUCUCUCGGAUCUUGGUUCAUAGGGCUAGACGUGCAGCACAUAGACGACCGGAGAUUGUGCUGUGGCACGCCUCCAGAUUGCGAAUGGAAGGCGCAGGCCGGGAACAUUUGUGUUGCUUCGUUCGAUUGGAGCUGCAGCGGGAUAUGCAGAUCAGUGGAUAGGAUAAAGGAGGUUCAUAGAAGAUGUGGUGAAGGUGAAGAUGCUGUGUGGAAGGCUAAGUUCUGAGAGUUGGUGCAUAUACAGAGAGAGAGAGGCUUUGCAAGAACUUCUCCAUUUUAGAAGAGAAGAAUGCAGCUGCAAAAAUGCAGCUAAGGAAACAAAGCAGCACUCUUCUUGUCCUUGUUGAGAUCAUUAUUAAUUUUCUUGUGCUUUGCUUUUUUCCUUUAUCCACUUUUGUAAAAAAAAACAGUUACUAUAUAGAAAUGAAUUCAAAUAAUACUCCCUCCGUCCCACAAUAA